AAGGCAGUGAUGACGUGCAAAUGGUGGCAUGUACCUUGUUUUGCACAUACAGUGAAUUUAAUUGUGCAAGCAAGCCUUGAACCAAUUACAGACACAAGGGCAAAAGUCAAGUCAGUAGUGGAAUUUUUCAAAAGAAGUCCUCAAGCAUUUGAGAAAUUACACAAUAUUCAGAAGCAAAUGGGUUUCCCUAUUUUAACACCGAAACAAGAUUUCCCUACGCGAUGGAAUUCCACAUAUGAAAUGUUUGACAGGCUUUUGAAAAUCAAAGAGCCUUUGCAAAGCACCCUCGCCAUCUUCAGUGUGGAUUCACGAAUAAAACUGUCCAAUGAAGACAGGUCAGUUAUUGAAAAAUCUUGUGAAAUACUAUCUCCUUUUGAACAAGUCACAACAGACAUUAGUAGUGAAAGAAAUGUAACCUUGUCAAAAGUUGUCUUAUUAAGCAAAGGUUUACAAACUCAUUGCCUGAGACUGAAAAACUCAGAUCACAGCAAUGAAGCCACUAAUACAGUAAUUGCUAGACUUGAGGACGGAAUCUGUACCCACCUCAUUCAAAAGUUUGCAGUUAAAGAAAUUGCUUGUGAAGCGACAUUAUUGGAUCCUCGCUUCAGGGAGCAUGGUUUUCCAAAAACUGGGCAUCGAUUAAAAGAAACAAAAGAUGCCAUAAUUAACAAGUGCUGUACAACACGACAGAAACCCACUCGGUGUUCUACAGAAAAUCCACCACCAGCCAAACCAGUUGUGGUGAGCACAUUCACCUCAAGCAGUGGCAACAUUUGGCAAGAUUUUGACCAAGCUGUAGGUAGCUUGAUCCAAAGUGUAGACAAUCCACGUGCUGCAAGUAUAGUCAAGCUUGAUAAAUAUAUGAUGAUGCCACUGAUACACAGAUCACAAGAUCCAUUGCUGUGCUGGAAACAAAAUCAUGUGUUGUUUCCUACACUGUCCAUCUUUCAAUCGAAAAAGUAUCAAAAAUUAUAUUUCUAAACUACUACUUAGAAUAGGCACAGCAGAUCUACUCAGAAAUGAAACAGUAAAAUUUCAAUUGAUUUUGUUCUUCUCUGGACAGAGUGCACUGAAUUUAUAUUUGAUUGUAUUUUGUUUAGUGCACUAAAUUGUGCAUGUAGCUAUCCAACAAGAACAUUUUUCUCAAAUUUGUUGCACAGAGAAGACACGUUUUUGCUCACCAUUCAGUCUCCUGAUUUCACUUUCUGUAAACAAGGCAACUGAAAAUAUA